UAGAAAUAUUUUUAUAUUUAAAUAUCAAAUUUAUUUAUAUUAAAUUUAAGCUUAGUUCUCAGUUAGAAGCACAAUGAGUGGGGAUUAUAAGCCAGGCAUGCUACCAUACCCAGAACAGAACCAGUGUAAAUUGUUCUGGAAGUUUCAUUACAAAGGAGUCUUAAUGAUUCUCAUACCUAUUUUAUUUGCUCCGAUUCUAAUUGGUUGGCAUAUAGCGGCUUAUCGCCUGAUAUACGUUGGGUUGUGCAUAUAUCUAUAUUAUAUACUCAAUGUCAUCCCGGUGGGCAUAAUUGCUUUUCUACUUAUUAUCUUUUUACCGCUCUUGGGGAUUUCGGAUUCGAACGCUGUGUCCAUGAGCUACUAUGCGGAUUUAUUAUUUACCACAUAUGGCAGCAUAUUUAUGGGUCUGAUGAUGGACGCUGCAAAGCUGAGCGAUCGAUUGGCUUUGAUCGUAAUCAGCUGCUGUGGCACAAACAUAAGAGUUCUUCAGGCGUUUUUCAUGAUCAUGACCUGCUUGUCGAGCGUAUUAUUUUGCAGUACAUUUAUGUGUGCGUUUUGGAUGAAAAUUGCGCAGGCUUUAUUGAAGGAAUUUGCGGACUCCGGCAUAUUGAAGAUAGAUUCGGAUGAGGAGACAUAUGAACGGCAGGCAGCGCCAUAUCCUACGAAGCCAGUAGUUGGCAUUUAUCUAACAAUUGCCUAUUCGGCCACGUUGGGUGCCAUGGCAUCGCCAUUUCAGGAUCCCAAUAGCACGAUCAAUUUUUAUUUAAUGUCGUCCAUGACUAUAAGGACAGCCGCAUUUUUGCUACUCUUCAUUUGUCCAAUGAUUAUAGGACUGGCUGUCGUUGCAAUUUGGAUUAAUUUAAUAUUCCUUGGCGCGCCGAAGGAUGAUCUGAGUGAAAUGGCCGCUGCCAAGAAAACCAUGAAACAGGCCAUGACGGACAAGAAGCUGAGCAUGGGUAAAUGGUCGGUUCAUUCCAUAUUGGCUGUAAUUUUCAUUUUUUUGACAAUGAUUCUAUUGCUGUUGCGAGACCCGCCAUACUUUGAUAAGUUUCAAGGCUGGGACGGCUUUAUCGAUACUCAAAACCUCUCCUCGGUGCCCAUCAUAUUAAUGUGCGUGUUGUACAUAGCUGUCCCGGCUAAUUAUAUGUUCUGUAGCUACUAUUGCUGCCGGCAGCCAGAGAAGAAAGGCACUGCGCCCAGCAUGGUGGGCUGGAGGCUUUUAAAUAAUAAUACGCCAUGGGCACAAAUGCUUAUGCUGGCCGCCGCCAAUGCCUUAAUGUUUGCGUAUGAUGACUCGAAGCUAAUGAAGCUAACACACGACUGGAUUGCUCAUCAAGAAUUUUCAAAGACGGAAUCUCUAUUUGUCGGAUCUCUGCUGGCCAGCUGUCUCACUAACCUAAGUCCAGCGAUAUCUGUGAUACGCCAUACCCUAUUGCCCAUCACGACGACGAGCAACUCAAUGAAAAUUGGUACUGGAGGCCUGGUGGUUCCAUAUGCCACCGCCAUUCACAAUCAAUUUCUGCUGCCGGUCAGCACCUCGUCAAACACAAUUGUCUCAGGAUGGGGCAACGUUCGUCCGUAUCAGUUUCUUCUGGGUGGCAUUGUGCCAACGAUUGUUAUGCUGCUAGCCAUUGAACUUAGUACUUAUAUGUUGGGCGGCACGGUCUUUGAAGGAUAUUAAGCCGACUGAUCGCUUGAGGUGUGUUCAGUGAGAAAAUGUACACAAAAGUAAGAGUCCUGUGCAACAGUAGUGGAAAACUGGUGCAUUGAUUUAAGCGCUCGCCGCACUUGCACAACUGGUCACAGCCGUUAGUAGAUAGAGAGACAGAUAGAGGGAGAGAGCAUAUAUCAAUCCAAAUGUUUGUGGUGCCCUUGUUGCCUUUGGCGUGUUCGCAAUUUUCCGCCAUAUGUUAUAAAUUCUCAUAUGAAGCAUGCAAUUUUUCGAGUGGAGUGGUAAAGUUAAAGCGCAUUGUGCCGCAUGUCGAGGAAAAACAGUCGUAAAGCUGAGCAAAUCUGAUGCGACUCACUCGAAAGACAGACAGGUAGUCAGAAAAACAGAAGUGGAGUACGUAUAUAUAUAUA